ACGUACUGGCAACACGCAAUGGAAGUCGUUCGUCCAAGCAGUGUUUCAUCGUCGAUUUCGUCCUUGUCUGAUGACACAGACACUUCAAAUUUCUUAGAUUAUGAGAAUGAUCAAUGGUCUACGGGAAUGAUGGGUGAAGUUGGGCCAUAUAGGUUUGAACCUUACGCAAAAGGCGGAAAUUCUGACGACGGCUCUACUGCCAGCGAGGCUGGCUCCAGCGACAAUGAAAGCGAUGACGUUCAGCACAGAAUAGAAAAUACGCAUUGGUGCACUUGUAGUAACUGUGUUGUUAUGCCUACUGCAAUAGAGUGCGUUUAUUGCCGUGGCUUAUCACAGGUUACGCUCAAGAUGGAGGGGUGUCAGCAUGAAGUCAGUUGUAUUGUAGAGCAUCCGGGGUUUGUAUCUGUGUGUCUUGAUGUGUGGGUGUUACAAACUGCUUAUUAUCAGUAUAUGCAACAAUAUGGUGGGACACAAACUGAAGACGAAAAUAGGAUUCAUGAAAAAUACAGAUAUAUUGCAUAUCGACAACUAGUGAGAUGGUGUUGGGGUUACUUAGGAAAAGAUGUAAGAGUGACAUUACCAGCCUGUGCAGUUCAAAAAAUAAGACAGACUUUUCAAUCUGAAAUUUACAGAGGGUUUAAGUUGCCACAACUACGUGCAUAAAGGUGUAUGAUGCUACACACAAUUAUUUACAAAAUAUUUAUUACACAAUGUUUUAAAUUCUAUUUACACUAGACAACAAUGCCCAUUAUAAUUUUAUUUAGAAUAUCUUGUGAUGUGUUGCUGAACAGCAUCAUCUUUUUUAGUUUGGUAAACUGGCUGUUU